AUGCCAUCAUAUACAAUUCAAGACAAGAAGAAUGACAAGAAGAAGGAGAAGAACACGCUUGGGCAUGCUAUCCUGCGUGGAUACGUGCCGAUACCCAACGGACAGGAGGUCACUAUUGAAGCUGCUAUUGAGGCCAUCGAGGCUCCCUCAAAGAAAUCCAUAGAGAUACCCUAUAAAUGCAAGGUUUUCGACUCAGUCACUUACCUGGUGGUGAGGCGAAAAGACGUGGUCGACACUGCCAUACCCUGGAAACUGCGCAUCCCCUACCUAGAAAUCUAUCGUUACUUAAUAUUCGCCCGCGAUCCCUGCCUUGUAGUCCUGGUGAUUCCGGAGAAGGCUAGCGAAAAUUGGGCCUACCUGAUAUUGUCCAUGGAAACACCGGCACAGGCAUCGGCCAUCUGUGACGCCAUCCAGAAGAGGAGGCAAGACAAGUUUGGCGACCGCAACGCAGCUGACAAAGGGAUCACCCCGCAAAUAGAUGAAGCUACAUGUGUCGACAGCAUUUUGAACUCUUCAUCUGAGCUCAGACGCGCCAGAAACAAUAACGCCUUACAGCGGGAGGCUCCAAGCCCUACCAUUGUGCAGCAAACAUGGGUGGAAGCUCAAUGA